AUGGCCACCCCUAGUGUCCUCGCUUUUGACGCUGAGGGUCGUGCCAUUGACUUUGAGGUCUGGGUCGACGACCUGCAGCUGUUUUUACAGUGCGAUAGGGCGGACGGUCUGUCUCUCUUUGACCUCACCUUUGGCGCCUCUCUCGCCCCUGCUGCUGAUGCUGACCCCAAUGUUCGCUCUCAGUGGGCCACCCGUGAUGCUGCUGCACGUCUUGUUGUGCGUCGCCACCUCCCUACCACUGAGCGCGCGCACUUUAGUCAGUACAAGAGUGCUCAGACCUUGUACGACGCUGUAGUUGCGCGCUACUCUUCCCCUGCCACUGCUGCACUCAGCCGCCUCAUGCUACCGUACCUCUUUCCUGACCUUGCUUCCUUUCCCACAGUCGCUGACCUCAUUACGCACCUCCGCACUAGUGACACUCACUACCGCGUCGCGCUUCCUGCUGAGUUCUGCGCCAAGAACCCCCCCCCUAUGUACAUCUCUCUCUAUUACAUAGUCACCCGCCUCCCUGACUCCCUUCCCGUAGUCAGGGACCACUUCCUCUCGGUCUGUCCCACCACUCUCACUGUUGACCUCCUCGAGAAGGCCCUCCUGGCAGCGGAGCAGAGCAUCGUCGCUAUAGGAGCUUCUCGUGGUGACCCUCGCACACCCAUCUUUGAGGGGUGUUCUCCUUCCCCCCUGCUGCCCUCUGAUGCCUUUCCCGCUGCCGCCGACCUGCUUGGCCUUGAGUUGGUCGGCGCGGCGUCUGCCCCUAGCGGGAGACGCCGCCCUGGUAAGCGCAAAGGGGGCAAGGGCGCGGGUGGAGCUGGCGGGGGCGGUGGAGGUGGCGGUGGAGCGGGUGGAGUGAGUGGGGGUGGCGGUGGGAGUGGUGGCGGGGGUGGCGGUGGUGGUGGCAGCAGCGGAGGCGGAGGCGGUGGUGGCGGCGGUGGUGGCGGAGGCGGAGGCGGCGGUGGUGGCGGAGGUGGAGGCGGUGGUGGCGGAGGGGGUGGAGCUGGUCGGGGUGGUGCCCCGCAGCGGAGCGGCUCUGGUGGAGGUCAGCGCCAGCAGCAGCAGCAGCAGCAGCAGCAGCAGCAGCGUUCUCGGGACAUCCCCCCGCCUCAGCAGCUCCGUGAGUGGUACACGCAGCGUCAGCGUCCUGGGGGCUUUGGUCCCUGCACCUACGUCCUCAGUUCCGGCGACCGCGCGGGUGAGCAGUGUGGGGGUGCCCACUCCACUCAGCGCUGCUUUGGCCGCCUGACGGAUGCUUGGCGUCAGCAGUUCCCCAAGGCUAGUGAGAUUCCCCGCUGGGGAGAGCUAUCUAGGGCUGGCGUAGCUAUCUUUGAUCUUGACUUUGAUGCUAUCCUUGCUGCCAUGUAUGCUGUGACUAUUAGUGAUGAGGGUGACUGUUACCGGUGUUUCCCGCCCGACCCGGGCAUUGGUACUGCUGCGCUAGGUGCUUGUGAGGCUGCUGCUCUAGGUGCCAGUGCGUCUGCGCUCUCAGGUACUGGUGAGGCUGCGCUCUCAGGUACUGCGUCGGCUUCGGCCACCCUCACCUUCACACUUGACUCCGGGGCUUCUCGCUCCUUCUUUCGAGACCGCACCACACUCACGCCGCUUGGUCGGCCGGUUGCAGUCUUCCUGGCGGACCCCUCUGGGGGUCCUGUCCUCUCUCACUUCUCCACUGUCCUCCCGUGUCCGGCUGCCCCCUCGGGCACUCUGUCUGGUCUGUACCUCCCCUCGUUCUCGACGAACUUGGUGAGUGGUGCUGACCUGCAGGAUGCGGGGGUUCACCAGUUUACUCCUGCGAAUCAGCGGGUGACCCACUGCUCGGACGCCCGCACAGGCCGACACCUGGCCACGUUCUCGCGUCGGCCGGGGUCGAGUCUCUACACCCUGACCACAGAGUCUCCUCCUGUCCCUGCGUCUGGCCAGGUAGCUGCGUCGGGUCAGGUAUUUGCUGCUGCGUCCUGGUCUGGUCCUGAGUGUGCCCCCUGCUCGUGUCGCCUCCUUUCUCACGAGACUCUCCUGUGGCACCACCGUCUGGGCCACCCCUCCUUGCCGCGUCUUCGGGGCAUGGCUUCCCGUGUUAUUGUUUCUGGUCUUCCUCAGUCUCUCCCUCCCCUUCCUUCGGGGCCAGGACCUUCCUGUGUCCCCUCUGUCGAGGGGCGGCUCCGGGCGGCCCCUCACUCCUCCCAGUUUCCCCCGACAGAGGCUCCUCUGCAGACGCUUCACAUGGACGUGUGGGGCCCGGCCCGCGUCCGUGGACAGGGUCACGAGCGCUACUUCCUGCUGGUGGUUGACGACUACUCGCGUUACACCACGGUCUUCCCCUUGCGCAGCAAGGGUGAUGUCACUGCGGUGUUGAUCGACUGGAUCAGCGCAGCUCGUCUCCAGCUCAGGAGGAGCUUCGGCUCGGACUUUCCUGUUCUGCGUCUGCACUCUGACCGAGGUGGAGAGUUCUCCUCUGUCCUUCUGCGAGCCUACUAUCGUGCACGAGGCAUCCGCCAGACCUUGACUCUUCCGGACUCUCUGCAGCCGAAUGGGAUUGCUGAGCGCCGCAUCGGCAUGGUCAUGGACGUCGCUCGUACGUCCAUGAUGCAUGCGGCUACCCCCCAUUUUCUGUGGCCGUUUGCGGUUCGGUACGCGGCGCAUCAGCUCAACCUUCACCCCAGGGUCUCCCGGCCGGAGACCUCCCCAGCCUUGCUGUGGACGGGGAAGGUCGGCGAUGCGUCUGAGUUCCAUGUCUGGGGAUCUCGGGCGUUUGUCUGCGACUUGUCUGCGGACAAGGUGUCCCCUCGUGCUGCUCCCUGUGUCUUCUUUGGCUUCCCCUAUGACGCGCCAGGGUGGCAGUUCUACCACCCCGCCUCUCGUCGUGUAGACGCGGUCGAGCCAGUCGAGGUUGCUGGUGACUCUGGUACUGCUACGGGUGCUGUGCGUGGGGGUGCCGGGUCUAGGGGUGCUGCGCGCGUGGGUGCUGAGCCUGAGGGUACUGCGACUUCGGGUGCUGAGCCUGAGGGUGCUGUGUCUGGGGGUGCUGAGCCUGGGGGUGCUGCGCCUGGGGGUGCUGAGCCUGGGAGUCCAGCGUCUAGAGGUGCUGAGUCUGGAGCUGCUUUGCCUGGGGUUGCUACGUCUGGAGCUGCUGAGCCUGGGGGUACUGAGUCAAAACCUGCUGAGCCUGGGAGUGCGGAGCCCGCGGCCGCUGGACCUGCUUGUGUGCCGUCUAGCGGUGCUGGGCCUGGUGGUCCUCUCGGUGCUUCGUCUCGGCGGGAGCCACUCUCUCCACAGGAGCUGCGCGAGUGGUUUGCCCGGCGCUGGAGGCGUACUGCUGGGGCUGGAGUUUCUUCGGCCGCUGAGGGUGCUGGAGCUGCUAUACCUGCGGGUAUGACUGGUGCUCGUCCUGCGGAGGGUGUUUGCACAGAGGCUACUGCUGUUGGUCCUGCCGGUGGUUCUGCUGCGGGUAGUGCUGGUGCUGGCGGUGCUGGUGUUGCCGCUGAGGGUGCUGGUGCUGUCCCUGCUUCACAGUCACAGUUACCGCCGGCCUCCUCUCUCCCUGCUCCUUCUCCCUACGCUGGUCCUACUAGAGGUCUUGCUGAGCGUCGUGAGCCUGUGUCACGUCCCACGUCGCCUGUUCGUGCUGCUCGCUCUAGUGGUCGCGGUUUGCGUCAGUGUCCUCGUCCUGUCCCUGGCACGCACCGGAUGUCUCUGUGUCCGUCUACUGCUCCCCUGCAUGCCCCUUUGCCUUCUCCUCCUGCGUCCUCUCUUCCUGCGCUUACCGACCGGGAGUCGGACUCUCUUCGCGCUGCCAGUCGUACUGUCACGCGUCUUCUUGCUACUGUCGUCACUGACCCCUCUUUUGAGUCCUCUGCUGCGUCUGCUCUGGUUACUGAGCUCGUCGACUUUGCUGCUCGCUGUCGCCUAGACUACGCUGCUAGUCUUGUUGCUGAGUCUGCAUCUGUCUGUCCUCCGUUUGCCGCGGGUGAGUGUGCUCUUGGCACGGACGUCCUUGAGGACAGGCAGGAGAAGUUCCAGUGUCUGGCUGCUGCUUCACCUCAUCUCGCGUCUGUACUGCUUGCCCCUGAGGGAGACCCGGAUGCACUUGACAUCCCGACUACGCGCUCUUACGCGGAGGCCGUAGAGGGUCCCUACUCCUCUCAGUGGCAGGCAGCUAUGGAUGCAGAGAUGGCUUCCUGGCUUCACUCGAUUAAUAUAUUUCCUACCUUAUAUUUGAGUGAGACCACUAGAUUCCGUGUACUAUGCGAGAUCUGA